AAUAAAUAUUAAACAGCCGAAAUGAUAAAAAAUGGUACAUUAAAGUUAAAUUGUGGAGGUAGUAAUUCAAUUAGUACUCUCAGGUAUUUAUCGGCACAAGUUUCAAAUACAGGUCCUAUUGUUGAACCUACACUUCCUCAAUCACAACCUCAACCUCAACCUCAACCAGAUUCCAAACCACCAGUUGAAAUUCCAGUACCCAAUAAAAAUGCACUUACAGGCAAGGAAAUACAAACAAACACAGAAAAUGAUGUCUUAUUUAAAGAUAUUGGAAACAAAGGUGUCAUCACAUUAAAUCGUCCAAAGGCAUUGAAUGCUUUAAAUUUAUCGAUGGUUGAAAAAAUAUAUCCAGUACUUAAAAGAUGGGAAUUAUCUAAAGAACUAGUAAUAAUAGAAGGUGCUGGAGAGAAAGCAUUUUGUGCAGGUGGUGAUGUAAAAUCCAUUGUUAAUGCCUUAAGAGAAACAGAAAACAAGGUCUUAGGUGAAAAAUUUUUUAAGAAGGAAUAUAUCUUAAAUUAUCUUAUUGGAACAUAUAAAAUACCAUAUGUGGCUACAAUAAAUGGAAUAACUAUGGGUGGUGGUGUUGGAUUAUCUGUUCAUGGUAAAUAUCGAAUUGCAACAGAGAAAACAUUGUUUGCAAUGCCAGAAACAGCAAUUGGAUUAUUUCCUGAUGUUGGUGGAACUUAUUUUUUACCUAGAUUGAAAGGAAAAUUGGGGCUUUAUCUAGGAUUAACUGGAGAUCGAUUAAAAGGUAUAGACGUACUACUUGCUGGCAUUGCAACACAUUUUGUUUCUUCUGAAAAAUUAUCAGAGUUAAAACAAGACUUGUUGAUGACUGAACAAACUGAUGUUAAGGAAGUUUUAAAUAAAUAUCAAUAUAAAAAAUUAAAUUCAGAAUUCUGUUUAGCACCAUAUAUGAAUAAAAUUGAAACCUGUUUUUCUGCAUCGUGUGUGGAAGAAAUAAUAGAGAGAUUAAAGGAGGAUAAUUCAGAAUGGGCUAAAAAGACAUUGCAAAUGUUAUUAAAAGCAUCUCCUACUUCUCUAAAGGUCACUAUGUCUGCUAUUCAAAAUGGAAGUACAUUAAACCUGGCAGACUGUUUAAAAAUGGAAUAUAGAUUAGCAUGUGCUGCUUUGAACAAAACUAGCGAUUUUUGCGAAGGUGUUAGAGCACUCUUGAUUGAUAAGGAUCAAAAACCAAAAUGGAAUCCCAACAGUUUAGAAAAGGUAACAGAUACUUAUAUACAGCAACAAUUUACAAAACUUUUCGAUGAAAAAGAAUUACAGUUUUAA